AUGGGGAAGGUUCGCCUGAGUUGCUUGCCACAGCUUAGGAGGUUCCCAAUAGAAAAGACAGGGGGCUUUUUAAAACUGGAAAGAAGAAAAACAGGGGAUAUUCUGCCAUGGGUGUUGCAGUGCUGUGGCAUGGCAGGUGCCAUGAUAGAUAUGGCAGACGGUGUCAUACAAUGGAAAAUAACAAGUGGUGACUGGCGAAGUGGUCCAAAAACACCACGUUAUGGUGUUAUGGACAUUACUAGAAAUUAUAUAUACUUGAAAAGCUAG